AUGUCGCCCGAAUUGCGAGAAAAACUUGCUCGCCGUAGCGGCCUAGGACUGUUUCUUUGUGGAAUAGGAGUCAUAGGUUGCAUCCUUUUCAUAUGGGGAAAUGUACGAGACGGGCCAACAUGGAUGAAAAACGAGUACGUUUUUGCUAUCAGUGUGGUGAUAGGCAUCGUGGGUGCGAUCAUCGCCUACGGUAUAAUCUUUUAUUUCAACAGACGUCUGACCUCACCACCUCAUAAUCACAAGUAA